GGUUCGGUCCCGUCACUGAGAAAGUUUCUACGGAGACUGGUUUGUAUUAGUGAGUGCAGCCUCGGGCCCUCUUACCCCCUGGCUUGACACCUCUCUGUGCCAGUCGCAGGCUCAGUCCUCCAGGCCUUCUGUCACCUUCUUACUUUGUUGGCCUCAGAGCAAGUUGAGAGGUGCCCACGGCCGAAUCAGGUAGGGGGACCGUGGCGUGAACGGCGGGCCACGAGACCUGAGCACAGAAACCGCCCAGGGCCCCGCGAGGUCCAGGCCGCAAGCCCCGCCCGCCGGCAUCCCGGGGCGGGGAUCACUGUAAACAAAAUUUCUACCUGAGAAAAUGUUGGAAUAGGAGUUACCAAUACAUUGGAUUUGUUGGAUGAAAUACAAGAAGUUAAUUUUUGUAACGUGAGGAGAAAACCUGAAUUGCUAGAUUACAUGUGUAAAUCACUGCGUUAUUGCUUUAGUCAUUGUCUCUAUCUAGCAAUGACAAGACUGGAAGAAGUAAAUAGAGAAGUAAACAUGCAUUCUUCAGUGCGGUACCUUGGCUAUUUAGCCAGAAUAAACUUACUGGUGGCUAUUUGUUUAGGUCUUUAUGUAAGAUGGGAAAAAACAGCAAAUUCCUUAAUUUUGGUAAUUUUUAUUCUUGGCCUUUUUGUCCUUGGAAUUGCCAGUAUACUCUACUAUUAUUUUUCAAUGGAAGCAGCAAGUUUAAGUCUCUCCAAUCUUUGGUUUGGAUUCUUGCUUGGCCUUCUAUGUUUUCUUGAUAAUUCAUCCUUUAAAAAUGAUGUGAAAGAAGAAUCAACUAAAUACUUGCUUCUAACUUCCAUAGUAUUAAGGCUAUUAUGUGCAUUAGUGGAGAGAAUUUCUGGUUAUGUCCGUCAUCGACCCACUUUACUAACCACGGUAGAGUUUCUGGAACUUGUUGGAUUUGCCAUUGCCAGCACAACUAUGUUGGUAGAGAAGUCUCUGAGUGUCAUUUUACUUGUUGUAGCCUUGGCCAUGCUGAUUAUUGACCUGAGAAUGAAGUCUUUCCUUGCUAUUCCAAAUUUGGUUAUUUUUGCAGUAUUGUUAUUUUUUUCCUCAUUGGAAACUCCCAAAAAUCCAAUUGCUUUUGCAUGUUUUUUUAUUUGCCUAAUAACUGAUCCUUUCCUUGACAUUUAUUUUAGUGGACUUUCAGUAACUGAAAGAUGGAAACCCUUUUUGUACCGUGGAAGAAUUUGCAGAAGACUUUCUGUUGUUUUCAGUGGGCUGAUUGAGCUUACAUUUUUUAUUUUGUCAGCAUUUAAACUUAGAGACACUCAUCUCUGGUAUUUUGUAAUACCAGGCUUUUCCAUUUUCGGAAUUUUCUGGAUGAUUUGCCAUGUUAUUUUUCUUUUAACUCUUUGGGGAUUCCAUACCAAAUUAAAUGACUGCCAUAAAGUAUAUUUUGCACACAGGGCAGAUAACAAUAGCCUUGAUAGAAUCAUGGCAUCCAAAGGGAUGCGUCAUUUUUGCUUAAUUUCAGAGCAAUUAGUUUUUUUUAGCCUUCUUGCAACAGCGAUUUUCGGAGCAGUUUCCUGGCAGCCAACAAAUGGAAUCUUCUUGAGCAUGUUUCUCAUUGUUUUGCCAUUGGAAUCCAUGGCUCAUGGACUCUUCCAUGAAUUGGGUAACUGUUUAGGAGGAACAUCUGUUGGAUAUGCUAUUGUGAUUCCCACCAACUUUUGCAGUCCUGAUGGUCAGCCAACACUGCUUCCACCAGAACAUGUACAGGAAUUAAAUUUGAGGUCUACUGGCAUGCUCAACGCUAUCCAAAGAUUUUUUGCAUAUCAUAUGAUUGAAACCUAUGGAUGUGACUAUUCCACAAGUGGACUGUCUUUUGAUACUCUACAUUCCAAACUGAAAGCUUUCCUCGAACUUCGGACUGUGGAUGGACCUAGACAUGAUACAUAUGUUCUCUAUUAUAGUGGGCACACCCAUGGCUCAGGAGAGUGGGCUCUAGCAGGUGGAGAUAUACUGCGCCUUGACACGCUUUUAGAAUGGUGGAGAGAAAAGAAUGGUUCCUUCUGUUCCCGGCUCAUUAUCAUAUUAGACACCGAGAAUUCAACCCCUUGGGUCAAAGAAGUGAGAAAGGUUAAUGACCAGUAUAUUGCAGUGCAAGGAGCAGAGAUGGCAAAGAUAGUAGAUAUUGAAGAAGCCGACCCACCACAGCUGGGUGACUUUACAAAAGAUUGGGUUGAAUACAAUUGCAAUUCCAGUAAUAACAUCUGCUGGACUGAAAAGGGACGCACAGUGAAAGCAUUGUAUGGUGUGUCAAAACGCUGGAGUGACUACACUCUGCACUUGCCGACAGGAAGCGAUGUAGCCAAGCACUGGAUGUUACACUUUCCUCGUAUUACAUAUCCACUUGUGCAUUUAGCAAAUUGGCUAUGUGGUCUGAACCUUUUUUGGAUCUGCAAGACUUGUUUUAGGUGCUUGAAAAGAUUAAAAAUGCGUUGGUUUCUUCCUACUGUGCUGGACACAGGACAAGGCUUUAAACUUGUCAAAUCUUAAUUUGGAACCCAAAGCAGGGUAUUAUUGAGAGUUCAUAUUACCAGUUAUCACUAACUUGCCAUUUUUUUGUAUGCUGUAUUUUUAUUUGUGGAAAAUAUCUUGCUACUACUGUAGCUGUUCUCACUUUGUCUUUUCUCAAGUAAUUACCGGAUUUUGGAGGUGUUGGGAAUAAGCUUUAUUUUACAUUAAAAGUAUGUAGGAAGUCAUCAGUGCUGACUGUGUAAAUGUAUAAGAGAUGUUAAAAAUAACUGCACUUUCAGGAAUAUUUGCAUUUGCCUCUAAUUAGAAAGAAAACAGUUGUCUAUGCCCUACAAUGGCCAGUGAAGAAUUACUAAUUCCUUGUUUUCUAGGCAUAUAUUAGAGAUUGUAGAUGGAACAGAUUUGUUUACUAUUUUAAAACUACCAAUUUACUAACUUUUGUGUGUGUGUGUGAACAGUUAGGUUUGAGUCCAAGGCUACUUGGAGAACUAUAAACAUUCUUAGAAAAAGAAGAGGUCUACCCAAAAUGAAUGCAAAAUUUGCUUGCACUCCAUCACAUUUGGAUAUUUUGGUUGUGAACUGUUACCAGUGUAGUAGAGAAGCUCAAAUUCCUUUUUAGAUCAAAACAUUCUUCAUGUAGGUAACCACAAGAAGCUAAGAGCCAACCAGUUGUUCAUGCAUACUGAGGGCGUCUGAAAACACUGGUAAUUUUAAGAGUCUUUCUCAGGGUAACAAUGUUUUCUUAAUGAACAGUGUUUCAAGCUACAAGUUUCUUGCCAAUAAAUUCUUUCCUUUCAAAAAGUCUUAUAAAAGAAAUUUAGCAUUUUCUCAUUGUCCGAUUCAGUCCAUUUCAGUAUUCAGAAAACAUUUUAAUCUCUGUGGUGUUGUGCUAUGAAAAUUAUUUUUAAAAUUCCCAUUUGUGAUAAAUUUUUUUCUACUGAAGGUAAAAGGAUAGGAAACAAGUCAUUUUUCCUUGUAUGCAUGCAAUAUGUAAAAACAUAUUCAUGUUUGCAGUUUCGGUUAAGCAUAAUAAUGUGGUUAUAAUUUUUCAACUUUAAUUCAUUGUUUUAUCUGAGUAAAAUAGGCAGUGAUCAGGCUAUCUCCUAAGAGGUAAUUCAUUUCUUAUUACCUUCCAGUGAUCCUUGCACUCUAAAUUUUCAUCUUUGAGAAAGAGGGGAAUAUAUUUAAAUUGGGAGAUAAUCUUUGUUUUUAAAAUAGAGUAACUUUUCACUAUUGAAGCCAUUUUUCCCAAUUCAGAAAGAAGAAAUAAUGCCUCUACCAUUUUCUACUGGUGACUUAAAAAAAAUUGAAGUUUAGUUAAGAAGAAGUCACUUAGUAUCUGAGAACUUGUAUACCACGAUCUGUGCAGCAUUGUUAUAGUCUGAUUAUUUCUAUGUUUCAAAUAUGAUUUUCUUAAAUACUUUGAAUAAAAUUUUGUUAAAAAUUAAUUUUUCACUUAAUAUGCAAUGAAUAGUUACUGAACUUUUGAAUAUAUUAAAAGUGAAAGUUAUAAAAAAAGACCAUGUUUUAAAAUUCAUUUUUGGUGGCAGGUUGUUUUGAAAAUUUCCAAUAUUUGGUGAAGUAUUUAUAUUAGUACUAUUAAAUGAAAUAGUAUAAUGUUUCAUUAUUGUUCUUUUCAAAAAUUAUGUAAUAGAAAAGCCACGUGUUACAAACAUUAACUUAUAGCAUCAAAAAAGUUAAUGUUCAAUAAAAUCUCCUUUUAAAUUUCUCAACCAAUAGGCACCAAAUUAGCUUUAACUAAAGCAUAUGUCUUCUCUGUAAGAAAGGCAAAUAAAUAUAAAAGUAUAUCCUAUGUUCUUUAUAAUGUAGUAUUAAGUUAUUACUAAAAACUAAUUAAAAGAUAACAAUUUUUUACCUCCAAAGUUAACUUUUUUAAUAUAUGUACUAUUUAUAGUCAUAUUCUGUGAAAGAACAACCAAGAAAGGUCUUUGGGCCGAAAAUGAGAUAAACCAACUUAUUUACUAAAAGCUAUUGAAUAUCCAAUUUGAUGAAUUUUCCUUCCAAAAAAAGAACUAUAAAUGACUCUAGGAUGAGAAAAUGCCAAUUUUAAUACAGUACUAAUGUAGUUAAAGGGAUAAAAUAAUUAGUUACUUUAACCUGAAAAUUUUUUUUAAAUCUUAACAAAACUAAUUUGCCUAUGGUUGUCAUUUUGUGUGACAUGUAUUCAUGAAGGAAUUACUUGAAAUAAAAGUAAUUAUUUUAGGGCAACCCUUUACCAUUCUACUAAAGAGAAAGAGACAUCAUGGAGAUAUUUUUCACAUAGUUCAUCUUAAUAUUUGUUUCCUUAUAACUUCGCCAAAAUCACAAAAAUAAUAUCCCCUGAAAACAUCUUUUCAAAAAAUGUACAUCACUGUAUGAUAUUAAUUUAUGAAGUUCUUUAUUUCCCUGUAGCUUUUUAGUUAUGUUGUCAUUUCCUUCAAAAAUUUUUAGUUUGGUCUGGUCUAAGCUGUUCUUCCUUAGGAAUGUUGGAUUUAUCUUUCCCUGCAAUUAUAUCUUGCUCUUAAUAAAUUGAAAAUUCUGUGGAAAAGACCUUUUAUUAGGAAUUUUUUAUAAUCAGUGUUUUCAUAACCUCUGCACUUUAAAAAUUACAUUCUUAAUUAAAAUACAUUUAUAUUUAAUGAAAUCUAGAUUCACUAGAAUCUAUUUAACUAUUUUGUUUGGCUUAUAUAGAUUUGCUGUUUGGGAUACUUUUUCAUAUAUUGUACAUUCUUUUCACAUUGAGUGCCUAGUCUCUUUUGAAGUAAUGUUCUACAUUAGCUUUCUACAGGUGAUGUGGUAGCUAAUAUUACAUGUGCCAGAAGAAAAUGUUAAACCAUGUGAUUAUUUGACAGUAACUGCUUAAAGGAGUUUGAUCUGUCAGUACUUGUGAAUAUCUCUGUUGGAAACUACUGGACUGUCGUCAUCUCUUGUCAGUAGAGGCUUACACAUUUUGAUAUUUCUGCACAUGGUUAUCCAGAAGAAUACCUUGCACAUGAAAGGUGUUUAAUAAAUAUCUUUGACCAAGUGAAUUAAGAAUCCUAAGGAAUUGGAAUGACUUGAUUGUAAAUUACUACAUUUUUAUAAUAUUAUUUAAAUGGAUAUUAUUUCAAGAUUAUCACUAAGCAAGUAAGAGGAAAACAUAUUUGAAGUUAAAAGAUUAGUAAAUGUCAAGACUAGAUAAGGAAAACUUGUGUUGCACUGAUUUACAUGAAAACAUAGCUAAUGUCAUCAAAAAAGGUGUUCUUGUGGUUGGAGUCCGUGUCCAUCAUGCCUCCAGUAUGAUUUAAUCUCAUUCAUUUUACAUUAUUUCAUGUAGACAAAUUUGAGAUUUAUCACAAAUGGAACAUAUUAAAGUAUAAAUUAAAAAAUUGUAAAGUCUGAACAGUAGGCCCAUUAACGUAACAGGUAAAGGCCAAGCCAAGAAAACUGUUUACCUCAUCUUCAGAGUAUCUCCUUUCUGUUCUCUAAUUGCAAUACAGAGAACUCUAAGAAGUAAAUUGUUUGAGGGACAUUCUGUUGAUAAGGUAAUCUAUAUUAUGUUUAAUAGGAAAUAUUAUUACUUAGACAAAAGCAGAGUCACAAUUGAAAAUUGUGGGCUAACCAGCAAGAAUUUUGAGGAGUUUUAUUAAUAGCUAAUACAUAAAACAUUUUGAUUGAUUAAAAAAGUCAAAUUGACCAAUUUUUUUAAGUGAUCAACUCACAGUAUUUUAGAAUUUUGUACUUAAAAACAUAAAAACUUAGGUGGAUAAUUUUAGUAAAUUUUAUUGAGCAGUCCUGUCCUAAAAAUACUGAUUUUUCCCAAGUUAAAGACUUUUAGCCGUGUGCCAGGGAUAAAUGAGGAAUAUGGCAUCUCUUCAGACCAGUAAUAUUUACUCCAUGUUAAGUAACUAUAUUAAAUUUAUAUUAAAAUAGUUACCAAUGUAUUGAGCAAAAUUUUCAUUAAUUUUAAAUAUAAACCAUAAUACUUCAAAGCAGUUUUAAUCUUGUAGUGGAUCAUUAGUUUUAUCCUCCGUGCCACAAAACACUGAAAAAUCUUCAGACACAGUAUUGAAUUUAAUUAUACUCCAUAGAGGACAUUUUUCUUAACUUUUUUGUCUUCUGGCUUGGAAUUCAGACAGCACAAUACAUUUUCACUAAGCAUUUUGUUUUAUAUAUAUUGAAUUUCAGAUGUAUGCCAUUUUAAUGCAGUUUUAUAAUGGAUAUUUCUAGGUUUUUCAGAAUCCUUGUAGUGAACCCUUGAUAAAUAAGUAUUGGUUAAAAAAAAUGGGGUAGGAAUUUUCAUUUGUAAUUCAUAUCCAUGUGCAUUGAUAUACCCUUCUCUCCUGCCUAGUUGGAAGAGAUAUUUCUCUUUUGCUCUAGCCCUAAUCUUUAGAUUCCUUUCUUCCUUUCCACAUAAAACAACUUUAUCCAUAAUAACAAUAAAAAUGAUCAUGACUAUAA